ACUUCCAUCCCUUUACCAACUUCAUCCCUUACGUACCUUGCAUCACUUUUUGCAAUUUUCGCACUCUGUACGGAGCAUCUGCACAUGCGAAUUUUUUUUAAAAAGCAGUCCAAAUACCAAAUACCCACCAAAGCCGCUUUCCAACCAUCCGAGCCAUCCGGCAUUCGUACACUACUUGCCAGUAAACAGAGCAUUCAGCAUCUUUGCUCAUCAGCGUCCAGACAUCGCACAUCUCCUCACCUCGCCAUGGGCCAUCACAACCGUCACUAUGCGGGCGAUCCGCAUGCCCAUACUGGUGUUUGGGGCUCACCGACUAGUGCCGCCAACUUCUGCGAAGAAGACUAUGCCGUGACAAGUCUCAUCGCCGAGUUUAUCAACUGCUUGUCCAACCUAGCGUACAUCUACUUCGCCCUCCGGUACCCCCGGAAAACCCGCCCAGGAACACUAUGGCACCAAAAGCUAGACUUCAUGGCCAUCUCCCUGAUGGGCGUCGGCAUCUCCUCCGGCAUCUACCACGGCACCCUCCGCCAAACGACCCAGUACCUCGACGACCUCUCCAUGUUCCUCCUCGCCGGCGCCCUCCUCCACCCGCUCUACGCCGCGAACCAGACCGCCACCGUGCGCGCUCUCGUCAGCCUCAUCCUCGUCGCCGUCAUCGGCGGCAUGUCCGUCGUCUACGUCCGCUCGGGCAACAUCCUGAUCCACACGUACACCUUCAUCGCGCUGCUCACCUUCGUCUGGCCGCGCACCAUCUACCUCAUCCACUGGACGGCGUCCCGGCCCCCGGCCGAGAAGCGCGCCCUCAUGCGGCGGUUCUGGAAGGCGUUCUGGGCCCUCGGCGUCGGGUACGCGCUGUGGCAUGUCGAUCUCGAGCUGUGCUGGCAGCUGCGCGGGUUGCGGGAGAUGGUCCCCAUGCCGCUGGGCUGGCUUUUGGAGAUGCAUGGGUGGUGGCAUUUCCUUACCGCGCUGGGGGCGAGCCACUUCAUCCGGUUGAUUCGGUCGGUGACGGACGGCGUGGACGGCUCUGCCGGGAAGGAGAGGAAGGCUUGAGUUGGGAUGCCUUUUGUGUUUCUUCUUUCCUGGAUGUGCUCGCUCGGCUCUGUGCACAUGACUUGACGUACCUUACGUUGCAGGACGCUUUUUGGUUGACUACCUUGGCCCAUUAGACCUCCCGGGAUGCGCUGUAUGUUUUCUGUAUGGGGUACUUUGGGAUUCAGCGAGUGGUUUGCGAUCAGUUCAGGUUAGGAUAUCCGUGGACCAGGAGGACAUGGUCACAUGGGGACAGCCAUGCAGCGAAUGAGAAGAUACCACUUAGCGGA